AUGGCAGCUAUAAUUUCACGUACAGUACCAACUUCAUCAACACGUCGUACUCAGUCUCAAUUAUCGAAUAAUUCUGUUUCAUUAAGUCGCAGUUUUUCAGUUGCUGACUCAGCAAAUAUAAAUGAAUCUUCUCCUUCAUCAUUAUUUGCAUGUUCUAAUCCAUUAGUAACGAUCACCUAUUCAACAAUGUUAUUAACAAACGAAAAUCAACAAAUACUUCUCAAUAGUUAUUCUUCUUGUCGUCGAUUAUUAGAUCAUAUGAAAAUACUUAUUGGUUCUCCAAAAGAGGAAAUACUUGAUCUUAUGGAUAAUGAAGGAAAAUUAAAAGAAUUAAAUGCACAUUUUAAUGAUUAUGCUACACAAUAUCUGACAGCAAGAAAUUCUUAUUAUGUACUUAAAGUUGAAACUGAUAGUGCUACCGGUGAUAAACGUUAUACACCAAGUUUUAAUAUUGAUCAAAUUGAUCAAAAAAUAUGUACAAUAUUAACAAAUUCAUUAAAUUCAUUAAAUAAAUCAUCAACUAAAAUUAAACGUAAUGUCGGACCAUCGAAACAAACUGGAGCAGGUUCAUCAACAUCUAGUACAUCACAAUCGAAAACCAAACGAGCAACGAAUCGAAAAUAG